GAUUCUGAUACUAACCAGUUAUGUAGCAAUCCCUCUCUUGAGAUUAAAGCAAAAGAAUUAGAAAAUGAACUGGAGAAAGUUACGCAAAAUUCAUCAUUUAAUGAUGGAUUAAUUUUCUGUCUCAGGUCAAGGGUAAAUGAACUAGAGCGUCAAACCAAAAGAGAUAAACUAGAACAGAUCCCUUUAAAAUCAUAUUCAUCAUCUAACGAUUCAAAAAUAGGUAGUGAUAAAGUAGAAGAGGUAUCCAGUUUCUUUGCCAAAGAUGCUCAGGGCAAGACCCCUCUUUUUCUUCAUACUGUUCAGAACUUGAACCUGAUGAAAGGAAAGUAA